AAAACAUUUACAUAAUUUUAUUAGAAUUCUCCGCUCAGAUCAGAUCAGAUGAGCCAUGGAAACAGCGUCGUCGAGAGUAGAAUUGAUUAUCAAAGGCAACUUACCGGAGGUCCCGUCUCAGUAUAUUCAGCCACCGGAAGCUCGUCCUAAUCUCCAUCACACCGGCGAUGCAGCUUCAAUCCCAACCGUCGACCUCUCGACCUCCGAUUCCGCGAGAGAAGCCAUCGGUGACGCUUGUCGCAACUGGGGAGCCUUCCACGUGAUCAACCAUGGCGUUCCUAUUCAUCUCCUUGAUCGGAUGAGGUCUUUGGGUCUCUCUUUCUUCCGAGACUCUCCCAUGGAAGAGAAGCUCCGAUACGCCUGCGAUUCUUCCUCCGCCGCAUCCGAAGGUUACGGCAGCCGUAUGUUGCUAGGUACUAAAGACGACGUCGUUUUGGACUGGAGAGACUACUUUGAUCACCACACUUUCCCUCUCUCUCGCCGUAACCCUUCUCGUUGGCCGAUUCAUCCUCCUGACUACAGGCAAGUAGUGGGACAAUAUGGUGAUGAGAUGAAGAAACUGGCUCAGAUGCUAUUAGGGGUAAUCUCAGAGAGUUUGGGUCUUCCUUGUUCAUCUAUAGAAGAAGCUGUUGGAGAAAUCUAUCAGAACAUCACUGUGAGCUAUUACCCUCCUUGUCCUCAGCCUGAGCUCACUCUUGGUCUUCAGUCCCAUUCCGACAUGGGUGCUAUUACUCUCUUGAUUCAAGAUGAUGUUGGAGGUCUCCAGCUUUACAAGGAUGACCAAUGGCUCACUGUUCCUCCUCUCUCUGAUGCUAUUCUCGUUCUUGUGGCCGAUCAGACCGAGAUCAUAACCAAUGGGAUAUACAAAAGUGCUCAACAUAGAGCCGUAACUAAUGCGAAUCGGGCGAGGUUAUCAGUCGCAACCUUUCAUGAUCCCUCCAAGACUGCAAGGAUAGCACCAGUUUCUCAACUCUCACCACCGUCUUACAAGGAAGUUGUGUAUGGUCAGUAUGUUUCUUCCUGGUACUCCAAAGCCCCUGAGGGUAAACGAAACCUCGAUGCUCUCCUCUGCUAAUCUUAUCUUCGUUCACUGGCCGUCGUUUUUAUUGUUCUCAAGUUUAUGCUAGUGAGUGUGUGAAUUUCAAUUGCCUCGACACAAAGUUGUUUCACAAUAAUUUGUUAUGAUUAUUGUUUACAACACAAGACAUAAACAUUGGCUGUAAAAACUCAUGAUAUAUAAAUAAACCGAAUGAAAUUUUGGCCCAA